AGGACUUCCUUGUAGCAGCAGGGUGGAGACUCCUGAGGAGGCCUGUUUCCCUUACUCUCACUUCCCCGUUGGCACAGUGUGGAAGGCAGCAGGCACCGAGACAGAGCUGGAUACUGACUAAACUCUCGCCAGCUUCUCAUUCAGGAGAAAAAGAAUGCUUUACACUGAGUUACUGCGGUUGUGGAAUGAGGCGGUGCAGAAGGUGGACUCAAAGGACUGGCAAGGAGCUCUGGCCAAACUCGAGCAGAUCAGCGAACCCACCUCUCGCACUCUGUUCAACGCUGCCUCAGCUCACCUGGCUCUCGGACAGCUGGACCUGGCCUCGAAGGCUUUAGACCUCACCAUUGCCAGGGAUGAACGUCUUGCUGUUGGCUUCUUCCAGAGAGCAGCAGUGAUGAUGCAGAUUGACAGGCUGGAGGAGGCUCUGUCAGACUGUAUCUGGGCACAGAAGCACAUGAGAGGAAACAUGGUCAUUGACUACAGACAGCUGGGACUGCAAUUCAAACUCUACAGUUGGCAGGUCUUAUAUAAUGCAGCAGCUGUGUACUGUCGGAUGGGCCAGUGGGAGCAGGCCAGGGAUGUCCUACUAUCAGCCUCCCAGGAGAGAGGAGCAGGUCGAGGGGGAAAUAUAGAGGUGGCUUUGGACAGUGUCUUGAGGGAGGAUGUCCUGGCUCCUCUACUGGUGCCUGAGGGUGUGGUGUUUCGUCCUAGAAAACAGGAUGUGGAGCAGCUACAGCAAAGGGACUUCCUGGGCAAAGCAAAGGUGAUUUCCUCCAUGAUUCCCAAUGAUGAUUUUGGAGGCUUUGAACCUCUGAGGCUGCAGAAACCUGGUUUCUAUGAGCCCAAGGUGGAUGGAGCUCAGGAUUCUCGAUACAUGUGCAUGCGGAUCCCUUACAUGGCUCAGGGUCCGGGACAGCUGACUGUACCGGGAGGGGCCAUGGUGUUUUUAUUCGGUGAGGAGGACAGGGAUGGAAUGGCAACUGUCAUAUAUGAUGGACAGAGAGGACUUCUGCCAAUGUCUCUGCUUGAAUCUGCAGAUGUCAAGAUGUCCAAAGGGAAAAAGGAGAAUAAAGUUCCCAGUGGGAUCCCUCUCCCACCGGGACUUAAGCCACCCACUCGCCCAAAGGCCCAGCCCAGCACUGCACCUCCUCCUCGGGUACAUUUUACCUCAGACACUCCACCUCCAUCCUACACUACUGCCACCCAUGCAUCGCUGCCAGUCUCAGAGCCUCCCAAGUACACAGCCAAUGCAACCAGCGACCAGCAUGCUGGCGAAGCUCAGGGAGUAGAUGCAGGCUCUAUGGUGGUGAAGGUCCACUACACAUACACUGUGGCUCUGUCUGUCCCUCUGGACACACUACAUCAUGAACUAAAAGAACAGAUCGCACAGAAAUUGGGCCAGCCAGCGUCUCAUCUGCGCCUCAGACAUAAACAGCAUGGCUCCCGUGUGCUGAUACCUCUGGGUGGGGAGGGGGAGCCCGGCUGCACCGUGCAGGAAGUGGCUGAGGCCGGCAGAGCCACCCUUUGGUGCCAGACAGAAGACCCCCUGGCCAACCGUACCAUCCUCUACCAAAUGGUGGCACUGUAUGACUAUGCUGCUCAGGGCCCAGAGGACCUGGAGUUCAGUGAAGGAGACACCAUUGACAUCCUGGGUGAAGUUAAUGAGGAGUGGCUGGAGGGACACUGUGCAGGAAAUAUCGGCAUCUUCCCCAGCUGCUUUGCCUACAGGGAGAAUGCCAACAUCACUCAGAACCUCGAGUUAUGAAAGCAGACGUGUUACUGUGCAGUCAUCUCUAAUAAACCUAUUAACCUAUGAAUGGUGGCUGUUUACAGCCUCAGAACAACCAAACUACACCCUUAUAGGGGCAUACUCAGUAUUGACUUUAUCAUCCUUUAAAAAUAUUUCUUUCUCAUAUGGUAUCACUAUAAUGUUGCUAUAGUGGCUCAGAGUAUGUCUAUGGUACUGAAGAAUAUGUUUAUAACAAACCUGCUGUACCUUUCCUGCUUUCUAUGUCCUAUGGUAUCACUCUUUCAUUCCUGUUGUAUCCUGUUAUAGUCAAAAGAGGGUUUAUACUGACGUUAUUGAAGUUUAUAUUUUUAGAUGUGGUAUCAACAUUAUGUUCCUGUAAUAUUUCUACAGGGUUAUAAUGAUCCUUGUCUGACAACUUUAAAGUGUGUUGAGGUUACUAAGCAGUGCCACAGGGACUAAUAUUGUAAAGUAUCUUGAUACAUUUACUUAAUGAAGAUACUGUUGAAGGUGUUUAUUGAAUCCAAAUGUGUCCUCAUUGAUUAAAUAACAAGUUUAAUGAAUUUAAAAGUGAUACAGUAAUAAUAAAAUAUUAUAAAAAUUAGUAGUAAACUUGUUAUGUACAGUAAAGUAAUUUAAAUACACUGGCUAUAAAAAGUGUUUGUGAAAUCAGAUGGUUUUACAACAAGAAUCGCACUUGAUGUAUAGCUUUUUGCUAUUGUUUGGCAAGGAAACACUCAGUGAUAACACAUUUCUACAAUUUGAUAUACAUUGGUUAAAUUGAACUUCAUAGAUUCUACAAGUAGGUAAUUAGUAUGACACAGCUAACUAACUUCAGUUGCAAUUAAAGGUUAGUUUCAGAGCAGAGGUCUGGAGGACAAUACUAACAUGCUUGUAUGUACUGCGAGCAGGGUCAUGGCCAGGAUUUUAGGAAUACUGAGGUCAAUUCCCAAAAGGUAACCCUUAACCCCCUCAGAAGAUUUAGAACAGACACCAAAACGAUAUUAGGUUUCAUUGCUUUAAUUAGCUCUAAAUGCUGCCAUGAAUAAACUGGUGGAGAAAUAUUGAAUCUUUUAUUUAUUUAUUGGCCUAAAAGUAGUAGUGGCCCUAGUUGAAAGAGUUAAGAACAAAGAUUACAAUGUUUUCAAGAGUAAAGUAUAGUUAAGUAUAGUUUUUAAUUGUCACGUAAGUAUUUAGAUAAUGAUUAACUGUGUACAGUUAACGUGUGAAGAAUAAAUAAAAAAAGACAAAUAAAUUUGAAAAGGUAAGGAUACCGGGAAACACUACAGACAUAAGGGCAUUUUCAAGAGUAAAUACUUUUAUAAAGAGCUACAGAGAAUACUAAACAACUCUUAAUCUACCCAGAACAGGCUCUCCUCAAAAAGUGAGUAUUCUGGUGAGGAGGGCAGUAGUAAGGGAGGCCACCAAGACGCCCACAGCAGCUUUGAAGUUACGAGACUGAGCUGGGAAAAACUGUGCACACUGGAACAAUGGGCCAGGACCUUCAUUACUUUACAGCUUCAUAAGAGAGAGUUAAAAACAAAGUUAUUCACAGAAACUCACCAAUGUCUUUGCUAGAGUUUGCCACAAGGCAUGAAGGAGGUCUCAUGAGACCAAAUCUGACUUUUUUGGACUUUUUGGGGGGAUCAUGUCCUUACCAUCAAUGAAGGUCUGAUGUGGAAGGUAGGUAGGCUGGUGUAGGUAAAUUAGGUAGGAUGUUAUGAUUUCCUGUAUACUCUUGUGAACAGCUUUGUUAUUGUAUCUUGUGAUUUUUACGCACUCUAUUGCACCACAUUUAUCCUGGAAGCAUGUAUUUCAUGCUAUUGCAUGAAAAAUGAGGUAGAGGGAUGACAUUACUGCAGUUGAUUCAUAUAAACUGGAACCAAAUUUCACUUUGUUUGGCAGCCAUUUUUCAUUUGGGGGAAGACAAUGGGCCUCUCUCAAUACCAAGUAUGUCAAGUUUGGACUUCUGUACUGUAGUUCGGACUUGGCAACUUUGACUUUGGUGUACAAAUUCAGCUCGUCUUGGCAAUACGUCUACUCCGGUUAUCUUCACUGUAAUAUCUAUUUACAAUAAAAUGAAAUAUGAUAUUAAACACAA